UUUGUAUCAUUACUGUCCAACACUGAAACUUUGAGAGGUGUCUCUUUGUGUAUGUCCGUUAAUGGGUGCUUUAUGUCGCUCAUCAUGUCCGCCAUCUUUCCUCUUCUGGUUCUUGUGUUUGUGCCGCUGGGCGGGAAAGGUGAUACACCUGCAGUGUGUCACGGCUCGGCCCGGCGGGGCGGGGUCAGCUGGUCUCCGGUUACCUCCUCCGCCUCGCUGUGUGCUCAGUCAACGUUGUCCCUCACCUCGGAUCACCUGUCACCUGUGAAGAGGAGCGCGCAUCGUUCCAGUGUGAACGCUUGUUGUCGGACUGUUUUCUGUGGGCACAAUGUGCCGGCACGAACGCGUCUUGUUCGGUUUGUAGACAUUUUGAGGGUUUUUUCCGACAAGGAGACACCGAGUUGCCAUUUCGGGCGUCGUGUUUGUGUGGAUUGUUUCCUCAACAAAGCGACACGAUGCGAGAUGUUCAGCUGAAGAAUGAGACGUGCAGCAACGGCUCUGCGGUCAGACUGUGGUGUGGCUCCCAGUCUGCAGUGUGUUUGUUCACCGGAGAUCAAACGGUGUUCUACACACACCAGGACAACAACACCCAGACAGCAGGUUUGUCUCCAGGUCUGCAGACCAGCGGCACCUACAACCUGUGGCUCGGCCUCACGCUCGCGCUGCUCUCCGCCCUCCUCAUUGGUGGGAGUGUCAUCCUGAAGAAGAAAGCUCUCCUCCGAUUGGCCAGCAACGGUCACACCAGAGCAGGUGAUGGAGGUCACGGCUACCUGAAGGACUGGCUCUGGUGGGGAGGCUUGUUGACCAUGGGAGCAGGAGAGGCCUGUAACUUCGCCGCCUACAUGUUCGCUCCGGCCACGCUGGUGACUCCACUGGGCGCUCUGAGCGUCCUCAUCAGUGCAGUUCUGUCCUCCCACCUGCUGGGGGAGGUGUUGAACGUGGUGGGGAAGCUCGGCUGCGUGCUGUGCUUGUUGGGAAGCAUCCUGCUGGUGAUCCACGCCCCACAGGAACAGGAAGUGACAUCACUACAGGACAUGACCCACAAGUUGCUGGAGCCUGGUUUCCUGGUGUACAUGUUGGCCGUGUUGGUUCUGUGUGCGGUUCUCGUCUUGUAUUUCUCUCCUCGGGUCGGUCGCACCAACAUCCUGGUGUACAUCAGCAUCUGCUCGCUGCUCGGCGCCUUCACCGUGUCCUCUGUGAAGGGCCUCGCCAUCGCCAUCAGCACCGUGCUCGCGAACCCUCUCACCUGGAUCCUGCUGCUCACUCUCGUCGUCUCCAUAGUAACACAGGUGAACUACCUGAACAAGUCUCUGGACACCUUCAACACCCUGCUGGUCUACCCCAUCUACUACGUCCUCUUCACCUCCGUGGUUCUGUCCACCUCCACCAUCCUGUUCCAGGAGUGGAGGAGCAUGGAGGCGGUGGACGUGGUCACGACGCUGGGAGCCUUCCUGGUCAUCGUGGUGGGCGUGGCCAUGCUCCACCUCUUCAGAGAGCUGCAGGUGACGCUGAAGGAGCUGACCAAUCAGCUGUCUCAGCCGCUGGAGAGGGAGGGGCUCGCAGAGGACGUCUCAUCCAACGGACGAGCGGAAGGAGAAGACGGAAGGAGGAGUAGAAAAGAGGACAAAUGCGGCCUGAUGGACAACAUGGUGAUAGAGAGUCUUCCUCCCAUGAGGGACGAGGGGCCGAGAGUCUUCAUCAUCAGCUGAAGAGGAGCUUCAUCACUUCCUGCGUCUCAAACAGAUGACAUCACUACAACAUCAGAAACGCCUUAACAGCAUCCAGGAGGCACAAGCUGCUCCGAGUGUCACCGUCAGUCAGCUGAGCGAACGCUGAACAAACGCUGAACAAACGCUCUCAUUUCUGACUCUUUGGUUUACACUUUAAAGGUCCAGUCUGCACUCUUACUGUCUGCAAAUCAGGAAAAACAAAAGCAGCAGACAGCAGUGUCACCUGACACACACACACACUCAUACACUCACACUCUCACAGUCUCACACACACACACUCUGUCUCACACACUCUGUCACUGUGUCCUCUGUGUGAGUGUGUAGUUUUGUGCAGCUGAUUUGUCUUCUCCUGUGUGUUACCCACUGAUGAGCGAGCGGCAGUCAACCCGUCAGACAGGAAGCUGAAGUGAGAUGGGAAAGUCAUCAGAGUGAGACGUCUGCUCCCGUCAGUGGAUGUUUGUGUGAUUUUAAACCCUCGCACGUCGGUUGUUGCUCUUCUGGUCUGUCAGUCAGACUACACGAGCUGAGCAGCAUUCGGUGUGGAGUAGGUGGUGUUUCUGCACUCGCUCCACCCUGACCAGGUGUGUUCACACUGAAUGAUGUUCUGUGUGUGUCUGCCGCUGACGACUCGUCUGUCAAUGAAGCUCAGACGCUCGCGCUGAUCUUACGCUUCAAACUGCCGCUUAACCGGUUAGCUUAGCUUAGCACAAAGACUGGAGACGGGGAGGCGGCAGGCCCGGCUCAGUCCAAAGGGACCAGAAUCCACCAGCAGCUCGUGGGAAGCCUCGUUACCUGAACAUGCUGUUCAUGACCUGCAGGUGUCAGUAGAGCUGAAUGUUUCAUGGCGGGUUGCUAACGCUAACCCGCAGACGGCUCUGCUGGAUGUUAAAAAUGAUGGUUUCCGUCCGCAGGUGUGCAGGCUAACAUCUGCUGCAGUCGUGUUUUCGUCUCCUGCGUCUGUUUCCAGUCUUUAUGCUAAGCUAAGUGGCUGCAGGCUGUGGAGACAAACUCUCCUCUGACCUCACAAAGUGACGUUCACUGACUUGUAGUUUGUUCUGGUAAAGCAUUCCUGUCAGUUUUCAAAUCUUUAUAUUUGUAAUGUCUGUUUCAAUAAAGCCUGCUGGCCAACA